GAGGGCGGAGCGCAGCGUUUAAAACCAUUUCCAUCCCCGGGAGCCCAAAACUGCGCCGCUCCGCGACCGCCCCGCCGGGAACCGCAGCGGCGACGGCGGUGACGGCGAUGGUGAGGAUGAGGAUGGUGAGGAUGAGGGUGGGGGUGGAGAUGGUGAUGGUGAUGGAGGUAACGAUGGUGACAGUGGUGGUGAUGGUGGUGGUGAUGGUGAUGGGGGUGAUGAAGGUGAUGGUGAUGAUGAUGAAGGUGGUGAUGAAGAUGAAGGUGAUGGUGGUGAUGGUGAUGAUGAUGAAGGUGACGGUGAUGAUGAUGGUGACAAUGGUAGCGACAAUGGUAAUGGUGGUGAUGAUGAUGAAGAUGAUGAUGGUGAUGAGGAUGAUGAUGAUGAUGAAGGUGAUGAUGAUGGUGGUGAUGUUGAUGAUGAAGGUGAUGGUGAUGGCAAUGAUGAUGAUGGUGAUGAUGAUGGCGAUGCUGAUGGUGGCAGUGGUGAUGAUGAUGAUGAAGGUGAUGAUGGUGGUGAUGAUGAAGGUGAUGGUGACGACACAGGCGAUGGGGAUUGUGACGAUGAUGGUGAUGGUGAUGAAGGUGAGGGAGGUGGUGGUGAUGGCGAUGCUGAUGGUGAUGGCGAUGAAGGUGGUGAUGAUGGUGGUGAUGGUGAUGACGGUGGUGAUGAUGGUGGUGAUGAUGAAGGUGAUGACGAUGCUGACGGUGGCGAUGAUGAUGGUGAUGAUGAUGAAGGUGAUGGUGAUGAAGGUGAUGGCGGUGAUGGUGGUGAUGGUGAUGAUGGUGACGAUGAUGAAGGUGAUGGUGAUGACGACAAAGGUGAUGGUGAUGAUGGUGAUGGUGAUGAUGGUGAUGGUGAUGAUGGUGAUGGUGAUGAUGAAGGUGAUGACGAUGCUGAUGGUGACAGUGCUGACGGUGAUGACAAUGAAGGUGAUGACGAUGGAGGUGAUGGUGAUGGUGACGAUGAUGAAGGUGCUGGUGAUGAAGGUGACAAUGAUGAAGGUUACGAUGGUGAUGAAGGUGAUGACAAUGGUGACGAUGAUGAAGGUGCUGGUGAUGAAGGUGACAAUGGUGACGAUGAUGAAGGUGCUGGUGAUGAAGGUUACGAUGGUGAUGAAGGUGAUGACGAUGGUGACGAUGAUGAAGGUGCUGGUGAUGAAGGUGACAAUGGUGACGAUGAUGAAGGUGCUGGUGAUGAAGGUGACAAUGGUGACGAUGAUGAAGGUGCUGGUGAUGAAGAUGAUGGUGAUGAAGAUGAUGCUGGUGAUGAAGGUGGCGGUGGCGAUGCCGGCUGUGCUGCGGCCCGCCGGGGUUCCUGGCGAUGCGAUUUUUUUACCCGCUGACCCAAAAUCACAUUGCCAGGGAUUUCCAACGGGCCGCGGCGACCGCAGCGAUGGGGCGGCCGGGGGGGGGGGGGCUGAUGUGGGGGGGGGGGGCUGAUGUGGGGCGCCACAAUGGGCUGCUAUGGGGGGGCUGCUGGGGGGGGGGGGGGGCUGUGGGAGGAGGGCUGUUUUGGGGCACCGCGAUGGGACAUUGGGACAGUGGGACGGACGGUGGGACAUCGCAGUGUGGGGACAGCAGUGGUGGGCGCGGGGACAGUGGGGACAGUGGGGACAGAGGGGACAGACGGACGGACAGAGGGACGGACAGAGGGACGGACGGACACAGAGAUACGGGGACAGACGGGGACACAGCCGUGGGGACGGACAGACAGACGGACAGCCAUGAGAACAGACAGACAGCCAUGGGGACAUGCCGCAAUGGGGACGGACAGACGGACACACAGCUGUGGGGGCACACGGCCGUGCAGACGGACAGAUGGACGGACACACAGCCAUGGGGACAGACGGACAGCCAUGGGGACGGAAUGGACAGCCAUGGGGGCAGACAGACAGACAGCCAUGGGGAUGGACGGACAGACACAGCUAUGGAGGACACACAGCCAUGCAGACAGACGGACACACAGCCACGGGGGGACACGGACAGCCAUGGGGACGGACGGACACACAGCUAUGGGGGCGGACAGACGGACAGCUACAGGGACGGAUGGGCAGCCGUGGGGACGGACGGACGGACGGACAGCGGCUGAGCUGAGGCCCCGUGGCGCAGGGCUUGGCGCAGCUGUGAACAGAGCCCGUCGUGUUCACAGUGGCUAAGUUCCGCGCCCCGGGGACCCCCCCUUAAGGACCCCCACCGCCCCCCCCCCCCCUCCCACGGACCCUCGGUGCCCCCACCCGGCGCCGCCCCCGGUGCCUACUGAGCUGACACGCAGUCGUUGGUCGCACACUGGCUCAGUUCAGCAGGAACAGGGGUCUGCGCCGCCGCCGCCGCACCGGGACCCCCCCGUGGGACCCCCCCCAUCUCCCCCCCGUGGAGCCCCAUCCCCACGCCGGGAUCCGUGGGACCCCCCGGGGACCCUCAGCUCAACCCCGUCGGCCCUCUGGAACCCCCCUCAGUUCAGCCCUUUGAAACCACCCCGGCCUUUCAGAUACCCCCCCGCCCCCCCUUAGGAUCCGUGGGACCCCCUCCGCCCCCCCCACGUCGGACCUCCGGAACCCCCCUCGGUUCCCCCCCUCCGAACCACCGCGUCAUUUCAGACCCCCCCCCCCCCCCAAAGGAUCCCCCCCAGGAAUCCCUUUGAGCCCCCACGGACCCCCCCAGGAUCUCUGGGACCCCCCUUAUAACCUCAGACCCCACCAGGGACCCCCAACCCCCCCAGGACCCCCCCGGCCGUCUGAGUGCCCCCCCCGGACCCCCAAACCCCUCUCAGACCCCCCCAGGACCCCCCCUCCGCUCCCCCAUUCCUGCGGGGGGGGGAACAAAUCAGAGCCAUGGGACCCCCCCGCCCCCCACGAGUGCUUUGGGGGUCUCAGCCCCACUUGGAGGUUCUUCGCCCCCCCCCGGAGGCACAGAGUGGCCCCAACCCCCCCUCGGGGCCCCGCCCGGCGUCGCGCGUGGGAAGAGGAAGGGAAGGGCGGUGGGGGGGGGAUGGGGGGGGGGUGAGUCAUGGGCGGGGGGGGGCCGCGCCCUGCUUUUUUUCCGCGUUAUUUCCCAAAAUAAAGUCCUGGAGCGAAACGCGCCCGAA